UACGAUAAAUCAUCUGAUGUUAGAAAUAAAGCUGUUGAACUUAUGCGGUACUUAAGACAAAUUUUGAAAAUCCCUUUAACCUGGCUUUCGAUAAACCAAUUGUCAAAUACACUGAAUUUUACAUCGGAGCAGUUAAGAAUAAAAAUUGAAUUUUCUAUUCGUGAG